GAAGCAACAUAUGCACAAAAAUAAAUCACACUGACUUCAUUACUAACUCUUGGGAGUUAUUAAUCAUAAUUGUCCUAAUCCUAAUAAUUCUUUAUGACGGCGAGAGGCUCUUGACUCAAUUAAUUGGACCAAUGGCCCAUGGCCUGAUAGGCAGUGCUCUCACUUCACACACACACACUGCCCAUGGUUCGAUCCCCGGCAAGGAUGGAAACAUUGGAUGUGUUUCCUUACACCUGUUAUCCCGUUCACCUAGCAAGCAAUUGAAACCAGCAAAGCCUGGAGCAAUGAUCCUGAAACUUCUGACUCUGACUUGGCUCCAGAUGAAACCACCAUCUCUGUGGGCAAGAUGAAGGCAAAUAUGCAAGAAAUGGUGAUACAGGCAGAAAGAGAGAGACAAAAGGAACAAGUCAAGGAAGCAAGGAAAAGAAAGCAGGAGAGAAAUGUACUCCAGCAAGCAGAGAAAAAGAAGCGCUUAAUGGAGGAGAGUAAGAAAAGGCUAUCAAAGGAUAUUCUUGACGCUGUAGUUGCAGAGCAGAAAACACAACCUAAGCAGAAAGUAAAAAUUAUCAAAACGAAAAGAAAUAGUAAAACAUUUAACGAUGAUGACGAUAAUAGUAAUGAUAGUCCAUUGGAUGAAACCAUCGAUGAAGAAGGAAAAAUCACUCUACAGAGAGGAGUUAAAGUACGAACCCUAAAAGAAGAAAUCAAGAAAAACGUAUCCAUUGCUGAGAAGGCAGCAGACUUCAAGAAGAGAGCUCUCUAUGGUGAUAAAAUCAAACGAAUUACAGGAAGAGAACUGCAGCAAAUGGAUGUGAAGCAAAAGAAGAGCGGGAAAGCAUACAUACCACCACCAAAAAUAGUGACCCAAUAUAUUUAAUAAAAAAUGGAAAAAAAUUUUCAAUGAAAAGUGUACAUUACACCAGGAAUGUUUGAUAGUAUGUACUGUAUUGUAUUUGAAGCUCCAUGUCUUAUUACAUGCAGUUACAUACUUAUAAAUCCUGUUGUCAAAAUUUUGUAUACCAUAUGAAUUACUAAAUAAAAACCUCAUUGUCAGAAGCAUAAA